UAGUAGCCAGUGCAGUGCAGUUCACUCAUUCCAUUUAUAGAAAAAAAAGAAAAAUGAUAUGCAGGUGUAAAAUUGCUUCACAUUACCAAACCACCCCAAAAGAGACACAAUUUUCAAGCUACAGUCUGAUGUUUUUUGUUUGCUAAUUUGACACAAAGGAUACAGCGUUAGGAACCGCAGCCAUAAUGCAGCUGAAUCAAUGCAAAAUGCAGCUAAUUUCGGCUCCAGAGAGCAACUUGAAGAACCAAAAUGGAACAAGAUCACACCUGGCUUAAUCAAGGAACGCAUACGGCGUCUCAAAUAAGAUGGAUCAUCCUGUCAUUAGCCAGACAUUAACACACCCAUAAAUGCCAUUACAAAUUAGAAACAGUGUCAAUACUUGCUACUAGUAACAUUUUAUCCACAUGCCAUCAAUCCCAUCCAUUUGUAAUCUGUGGACGAUUUCUUACAAAUAGCAACCCCUGCAGAUCAAACCGAGUAACCAAACACCAAACCGAUCCGAUCAAUCAAAUACUCCAGAUCAGGUUUCGUUUCAGCUUUUCAGUGGUUUCAGCCAUGGCUUCUCGCAGCAGCAGCAAGCUCACAGCAGCAGCAGCAAUGGUGGCAUCCAUCUUCUUCCUCCUCCUGGCACUCCUCCUCUCCACUCCCGGCAGUGCAGCGCACCCGAAGAAAUGCGGCGAGCUGCACAGCCCGCUGCCGCUGUGCGACGGCAGCGAGGGCGGCUCCGGCGCCGACGCCUGCAUCGCGUGGUGCAUCAACGAGGGCUACGCCACCGGGAAGUGCUUCGGCGGCGACAGCGGCUGCACCUGCCUGAGGCUGUGCGCGGGUGAUCGUCCGGCGAACGGCGGCCGGCCGGCCGGGGGCAGCAUGAAGGCGGCGACGGCGGCGCCAUGAACAGACACCAAAUGGGCCAAAUUUUGACUGAAAUUUGCAUCAGUUUUUUUUUUUUUCAGUUGGUGGUGUAUGUAUGUACUAUGUAUCACUGCCAAAGAAAGAUGUAUUAACUCUCUAU